GGUGCUGGCUUCCUGGUUGUGUGCUGCUCACUGCUCUGUGAGUUUUGAGGCCUGACCACAGACACAGCAUCAGUGAAGAUUUCCUUUGAAAAGCACUGAGUAGGAAGCGGUGGGGAGCGGGUGCCCCACCCAAGCAGAGAGAAGUGACACACGCUCUUUUUCUCUCUCUCUCGUUCCUUCCCUUCCGCAUUUCGCACCGCACAGGCCGGUUCCUCCCUCUGUUCCAGCUGGAGAUGGCUGACCAAGAGAGCCUGGAGUUUGGCAAGUCUGACUUUGUGCUGCUGGACAAUGUGACCACAGAGGAGUUUCUAGAGAACCUGAGGCUGAGGUUUGAGAAGAAAAGAAUCUACACGUACAUUGGGGAGGUGGUGGUGUCUGUGAACCCCUAUCAGACCCUCGAGCUGUACGGUAAGGAAAUGAUCGAACAUUACAAAGGCAGGGAGCUGUAUGAGAGACCACCACACCUGUACGCCAUCGCAGAUUCUGCCUACAAAGCUAUGAAGAGGAGAGGCAAGGACACCUGCAUUGUCAUCUCAGGCGAGAGCGGCGCGGGGAAGACAGAAGCCAGCAAGUACAUCAUGCAAUACAUUGCAGCCAUCACUAACCCCACCCAGCGGGCAGAGGUCGAGAGCGUGAAAAAUACGUUACUGAAAUCGAACUGCGUGUUGGAGGCCUUCGGCAACGCCAAGACUAACCGCAAUGACAACUCCAGCCGCUUCGGCAAGUACAUGGAUGUCAACUUCGACUUCAAGGGAGACCCGACCGGCGGCCACAUCUGUAACUACUUACUCGAGAAGUCUCGAGUAAUCAUUCAGCAAGUGGGAGAGAGGAACUUUCAUUCCUUUUAUCAGUUGAUUUUGGGGGGUUCCAAGGAACUAUUGCAAUCCCUGCACCUCCAGAACGAUGCUGCAGCGUAUGCCUUCACCAGAGAGGGCUCCUCUUCCAACUCAGUCAUCAACGACAGAGGAGGUCUGACCGCAGUAAUGGACGCCAUGAAGGUGAUUGGCUUCAGCAAAAUGGAAAUCGAGACAGUCUACAAAAUACUGGCAGCCAUUUUACACCUGGGGAACCUGGUGUUCAGCAGCGAGGGGGAGACCGCAGUGAUUGAGCACGGGGUGUUGGUGUCACACAUCGCUGAGCUGACCAAGACCGAAAUCCAGGACGUCAAGAAGAGCCUCCUGUACCGCAUGGUGGCCACAGGCAGCAGGGAGGUGAUCGAGAAGGGUCACACCCCUCAGGAGGCCAUGUAUGGCAGGGACGCCAUUGCCAAGGCUAUCUAUGAGCGUCUGUUCUGUUGGAUUGUGAACCGGAUCAACUCUGUAAUUGAGGUGAAAGGUUACGACCCCCGGAUUCACGGGAAGAACACAGUGAUUGGCGUCCUGGACAUUUACGGCUUCGAGAUCUUUCAGAAUAACAGCUUUGAGCAGUUCUGCAUCAAUUACUGUAAUGAGAAGCUGCAGCAACUGUUCAUCGAGUUGAUCCUGCGACAGGAACAGGCUGAGUACCUGCGGGAGGGCAUCGAGUGGCAACACAUCGAGUACUUUAACAAUCAGAUCAUCGUGGAGCUGGUGGAGCUGCCUCACAAGGGAAUCAUCGCCCUCCUGGACGAGGCCUGUAUCAACGUGGGCACUGUGACAGACGCCACGUUAGUGGACGUAAUGAACAACAAGCUGGGCAAACACCCACACUAUAACAGCCGGAAGUUGUGCCCGACUGACAAGACCAUGGAUUUCGACAAACAUUUCCAGAUUAAACACUACGCUGGACACGUCACAUACUCAGUGGAAGGUUUCAUUGAAAAGAACAAAGAUACACUUUACCAGGAUUUCAAACGCUUAAUGUACAACAGUGCAAAUCCUGUGCUGGCGGGUAUGUGGCCGGAGGGAGAGCUCAGUAUCACAGAGGUCACCAAACGGCCUUUGACAGCUGCGACCCUCUUCAAGAACUCCAUGAUCGCCCUUGUUGAUAACCUGGCCUGUAAGGAGCCGUACUAUAUCCGCUGUAUCAAACCCAACGAGCAGAAGUCUCCUGUGCACUUUGACUACGAGCGGUGUAAACACCAGGUGGAGUACCUGGGUUUGCUGGAGAAUGUGCGGGUGCGGAGAGCGGGAUUCGCCUACCGUCAGCCCUACCAGAGAUUCCUGCAGAGGUAUAAGAUGACGACUGAGUACACGUGGCCUAACCACUUACUGUCCACGGACAUGGAGGCCACUCAGGUGGUGGUGGAGCACCAUGGCCUGGAGCAGGACGUGGCCUAUGGGAAUAGCAAGAUCUUCAUCCGCACCCCACGCACCCUCUUCCAGCUGGAGGAGGAGCGGGCGGCCAUCAUCCCCAUGAUCGUGAUCUUCUUACAAAAGAUGUGGCGAGGAGCACUGGCGAGGAAGAGAUACCGGGAGGUGCGAGCGGUCUACCUCAUCAUGAACUGUUACCGGAGGUUCAAGGUGAGAGCUCACCUCUUGGUGGUGGUGAGGACCUUCCAGGGUGUCAGGAGCCUGGCCGACUAUGGCAAGAGUCUGCUGUGGCCAGAACCCCCAACCGUCCUCCUUGGCUUCCAGAACAAUCUACACAAUCUCUUCAACAGAUGGCGAGCGCGACAGAUUGUGAAGAACAUUCCACCGUCGGACAUGCCGCAGAUCAAGGCCAAGGUGGCUGCCAUGGACGUGCUUCAGGGACUGAGGAAGGACUGGGGCUUUCAGAGAACCUGGGAACACAACUACCUCUCCUCUACGAAGGAUAACCCACAGCUGAUGACACAGUUCGGGGCUGCGGUUCGGGAGCUCAAACAGAGAGACAAGUUCCGAGUCAUCCUCUUCUCCAGUCACGUGAGGAAGAUUAAUAGGUUUAACAAGUGUGCGGACAGAGCCAUCCUCAUCACUGACCAACACCUGUACAAACUCCAGCCCAACAAAUGCUACCACAACAUGAAGACCUUCCCCCUGCAGAGCGUGAGUAUCAGCCCUCCACCCACCCACCCUCCCCGAGACCCCAACACUAACCCAAACUCUUGUCUCAACCACUUCCCGGUGAACCCCAAUCCUUCCCCUCCAGAGUGGGAGUAUGCCAGACCCCCACGUCAGAGACUUCGACCAUAA